ACUGCAACUCGCACGCGAUUUUUCCGCCUGUCGCUCUUUUUCGAUUCCACGACCCACGUUUUGCCUCUCUUCUUGUUUUGGUUUCUUCGUUCGACGCAACCACGUGAAUUCAGUUCUUGAUAUUGUCGGGAAGUAAACUCAGAAUCGACUAUCGGGACUAUGGAAUAAAAGAAGUUGGAAAAAAAAAAAACAUCACGUCGACUGCUGGCAUAAAAAUAUAAUUUUCAUUCUCCCGGUGUCCCAUGACUUGAAAGUGACUUUCCCGAUGACUGAAUCCUUGCCGGAUUUUCAAAUGAGUGGGGCCAACGGACUCCCAUUUGCAUGAGUGUUUCUUUCCCUCGAAAAUGUCAUGUCCUCAAUUUGGUUAUAACGGAUCUACAACGACUACCCAGUUGCUGAUGGCCGGCCAGUCCGGCCAGCCCGCCCCAGCGUCCGGAACCGGCGGAGGAGCGGGUUCGGGCGGUGGCCAACCCUGCUGCGAGUCCGGCCGACCGGUGCUCACGGACCCCCUGACCGGACAGACGGUCUGCUCGUGCCAGUACGACGCGCAGUUGCUCGGCUACCAGCGCCUCGCCGCCUCCGGGCUCCCGGCCCUCAACGUGUACGGCACGGCGGCCGCUGCGGCCGCCGCCGCCGCAGCCGCCUACGGCUCAGAGCAGGGGUUCCUGCCGCUCUCCGCCGAGCAGUCGGCCUUCUACUCGCCCACGGCGAAUGGUUUCGACUUGAAAGACAACCUAGAAGCAUGGCGAAGCCUCCCCUACACAGCAUCCAUGUACUACCCCUAUGACUCCGCUGCUUUGGCAGGUUACCCAUUUCCUAACGGGUAUGGUGUCGACUUAAACGGUGCAAGGCGGAAGAACGCGACGCGCGAAACGACGAGUACACUAAAGGCGUGGCUCAACGAACACCGCAAGAACCCCUACCCAACGAAAGGGGAGAAGAUCAUGUUGGCGAUCAUCACAAAAAUGACUCUGACGCAGGUCUCGACAUGGUUUGCGAACGCUCGGAGGAGGCUGAAGAAAGAGAACAAGAUGACGUGGUCGCCGAGGAACAGGUGCGAAGACGAUGACCUCGAUGACCGGGAGGACGGAGAGCAGAGGAUCAAAGAAUCCGACAGCAAGAGGUCGGAGAAGGAUGGGGACGUGGAGAGGCGGAGAGAUGAACAUCAUCAUAACAGGCAGAGUACAGGUUCCGAUGACGGCAAGAUGGACUUCGUGGACGUCGACGACGACUGCAAGUCAUGUGCCUCCACAAGCACCGACGGCCACGUGAUCACGAACAGCUCCGACAAGGAGAACUGCCACCUCCUCAAAACCCAAAGGGUUCCGAGCCCCAUCUCGGACGCCUCCCUCGGAUCCGAAGAUUCGUCUGAGGAGCCGCCCUCGACGGAGCUUCCUUCCCAACCGCCCCCGCAACAGCCGCCCCAGCAGAACAAGCCCCGGAUCUGGUCCAUCGUGGACACGGCGACCUCGACCCAGGGCCCCAGCAGCUCGGGGCCCCCCGGUCUCCUCGCCCCCGGUGCUUCCUCGCGAUUGAGCCCGCUCCAGAGGGCGGCCUACCUGAGCGGGCCCUACCCCAAGCCCGGUUCGUGGUACGCCGGCACGCUCGGCAACAUCGUGACCAGCGUGGGGGGCACGUUUCCCCUCUCGGCGGUCUACUCGUGCCCCCCCUCGGCGGAGUCCUCGGCGGUUUCGUCCCUGAACAGGCUAAGGACAGCUGCGGCCGCCUUCCCCGCCGGGGACCUCCACAAGGGGGGCGGGUCGCCGCCCCCCUCCGUCUUCAACCUGACGAGGUCGCCCGGUAGCGGCGGCGAACCACCGCCGCAUUCGCGAUCGAGCUCCGCGGCGGGCUCGGCGGCGGCGAUCGCAGCGAUGGCCAGCAGUGCAGCCAGCAGUGUUCUAAACAGCGCGCCCAGUCAAGGAAGGGUGAUCUCCUAAUGGGAUCUCACGAACUGAUCUUGAACUUUUUUUCAUCAGUGAUUGAACUUUGUCGAUACAAAAUGAUUAAGACUUUCAACUGUUGCGCAGUGAGUAAACACUUGACAUCCAAAAGACAAAAACAAUUAUAAUGCAGCAUCAGUUUUACCCUAGCUACGUCUAUUUUCGAUAAUCGUGUCAAGAAAACAUUUUUUUCCUUUAGAAGUUAAGGUUUCAAUUAUUUAUUAUAUUUGAUUUUUGUUCGUUCGUAUCAUUUGUGAGGUUUGACUAUUAGUUGCGGCAGUGAGAAACUGAGAGAUACAAGUGGACUUUAUUACGUUUUGAGAAAAACGUGGGAUCAAAUCAUAAAUCGACUAUAAUUGAAAAAAAAAAAAAAAAAGAGAAAGAAAUAGAAAAUCUAAAACGUACUGUAUAGUAUCACCUACCAGAGCUCCUAUUCCAAUUUCUUGUCAUGAAGCAGCUGAGAGUUUCUUCUAAGGUUGUUAUCUCUAAACUUGAAAAUUUGACACUUAUGCUCCUUUGCUUCUCAUUGCUUCAGUUGAGGCAGUGGGAAGCAAAGGAAUGUAAGUGCAAAAAUUAAAAAUUUGGAGAAAACCAGUAGAAAUGGUAGGAGAACCUCUCCUUUGUUUUAAGGCAAGAGAUGUUAAGAUUAGCUCUGGAAGAUGCUGUAUAACAGCGUGAUUUAGAAUAGAAACAUAUUUCAAUGAAAGCCUACUAAGAAUCUGAACUUUAAAUGCGUUUUACUCGAUGCUCUAUGAAGUGCACUUACAUCUCUUUCCUUCUCACUGCCCUAUUGAUCAGGUCAGCGUUAUAUGGAACCUUUUCCUUUAAAAUUCAUACAAUAUUUUCAACUCUCUUAUUUAAGUUUAAAGCAAGUCAUGUAUUUCAUCUGUAGAUACUGAAACUCACAAUAAUAAUAAUAAUAAUAAAACAUGAGAAAUUUAUAUCUGGUGUGACCGUAUUUAAAUUUUACUGAAACCUUAAACAGAAUAUUAUUCCUUUUGGAUGUCAUGUCCUUUACUCUUGUUGUUUCAAGUGACUCGAAAGCAAAACUUUUCAGUGAAAUCAAAUAACGUUCCUCACAUCAGUGUAUUAUAAACUACUAUACAUAAAUUGCACCGGCAUGCAAUAAAAAUGUAUCUCUAAAACGAUUUUCAAAAGCAAUUCUGCAAUUGACCAGUCGACGCUAGGAGAAGAAAACAAAGUGCACAAAUUUUAAUACUGAACUGAAGUUGAAACUUUCUCUGCUUUAGCUGAAAAAAAUUCCGUUGAACUUUGAUUGAAAACUUUACUGAAUAUAUCUAUUAAAAUGAAAUUGAAACUACUAAUCUGCUUUAAUACGACAUUUAAGCGCCAUUUCACAGUAUUUUGUCCAAAUGUAGAGUCCGCAACGUGACACUUUUUUGCCUUAGCUAUUUAAAUUACAGUAUAAUCAGAACUUUUUUUUAGUCUCUGUGUUGGUAGGGCUAUCUCAAAAUUAAAUGAUGCACUAAUCAAACAGUAAACUAAAUAGUUUUGGCAAAAAAAGUGUCAUGUUGUUGACUCUUGAUUCACAUAAAAUACUGUGAAAUGGCCCUUAAAUAAAUAAACCACAGCAACUUUCACGUCUAUACGCAUAUUUUCCAAUUACUUUUCAUCUGAAACUUGAGCCAUAGAUUUAAAUCAUAGACAAGUUUUACUCACGGUUUAGCUACAUUCAGCGUUUUCAUUCAACACCCAACGGAAUUUCGUGAUUUAUACAACAUUUUUCAUACCCAUACCCAGUGAAAAAAAGUGCACGGACUCAACGACUCCCUAGCAAAGAGAGAGUUACCCGACUCACAAAAGCCAAAUGUUUUUCCUAAAAAAAAAACUUCGUUCAUUAUCAGUGUGACUUUUAUAAACCAAAGCAUGUACAUAGUCGACAUAAAAUAGAUAAAUAUAUGUGUACAAAUGUUGUUUGAGAGCCUGCUGUUUCGUUGCGAGGGCAGCAGGGGCUGAAGUUUAAUUUAUUUCCCGGUCGCGGAAGUUCGAGGACGGUGAGCUAACAAGCAAUGAGAGAUUUAUCUUUGAUGGAAGUUGACAAACUUUCCUCCGCUUCCUCUUCUCCGGAGUUGCCAUCUCCUUGUUGUCAAUGAUGAACUCUGUUUAUGUAUCAAUAAAAUGAAAAAGUGUUUC